AUGUACAUCGACGCAGUUACUGGAGAGCAGUAUACAUACGGCGAUGUCCUCCAGCGCACGAAGUCCUUGGCCAGUGGUCUGAAAGACGAAUUCUAUCUCCAGCCGGACGAUGUGGUCGCUCUGUGCAGCCCCAAUAUCAUCGAAUACCCCAUCGCCUGCCAUGCCAUCAUCGGGUGCCAGACUAUUGUUGCGCCAACCAGUGCGGCAUUGACCUCCUCUGAACUGCACGCGCAGCUCCAGACCAGUCAUGCUAGGUUCAUCAUCGCCCACUCCUCCCUUCUUUCCACUGCCAAAGCAGCAGCACAGGGGACCUCGAUCGAGAAAGUCAUCAUCCUCGACGGCCAAUCCCCUCCAACCGAACAACGAACCUGCCAGCAGCUCGCGAGCACCCACCCGGCAACCGAAUUUCGCCCGACCCCAGCCCACGAAGCGCAUCGCCGCAUCAUAUUCAUCUGCUUCUCCUCCGGUACAUCGGGCCCCGCAAAAAGCAUCAUCACCACGCACCGCAACAUCACCGCGAACCUCCAGCAAUGGCGCGCCCAGCUCCUAGACUCCGGCUCCCCAGCGCAGCAUAUAGACCGACAUACCGCAAUCGCCUUCCUCCCUUUUAGCCACAUCUACGGGCUGAAUCUGCGAGAUUGUCGAGGACCGAAUGUGACCCCGGGGUAUUAUAAUAACCCCGAGGCGACGAAGGAUGUGUUCCAUGUGGAUGAUGACGAUGAUGGGGGGCCGUGGUUCCGCACGGGGGAUAUUGGGGUUAUUGAUGCCGAGGGGUACAUUACGAUUCAGGAUCGGAUUAAGGAGAUGGUCAAGUACAAAGGAUUACAGGUGAUUCCUAGUGAAUUGGAAGGGAAGCUUAUUGAUCAUCCGGAUGUCGUGGAUGCUGCUGUUAUUGGGGCUUGGGUGGAGGAGAGGGCGACGGAGUUACCGACCGCGUUUGUUACCUUGAGAAGCGGCGUGAAUGGGAAUGGGAACAGGGAGACUGACAAGGUCGUUGAGGGCAUCCAGACGUGGUUGAAUGGCCAGGUUGCGAAUCAUAAGCAGUUGCCGGGGGGAUGGGGGGAAUGUAUGUGGUUGACAGCAUCCCGAAGAGUCCAAGUGGGAAGAUUCUCAGGCGUGAGUUGA